UUGUGUCAUGGCGGCGGGCGGCGUCGACUUGGUGUCCGAGUUCCUGCAGCAGAACCGGCGGCUGUCGGACUGGGUGGAGACGCUGCGGGGGGACCACGAGUCCGAGAAGCACUGGAAGGCCCGCCGUGAAUUCAUCCUCCGCAACCUGAAGGAGGAGCAGAAGGCGAGCGGGGCCGAGCCGGAGCCGGGACUGGGCACUGACCAGCUCCUGGCUCUCUCCAUGGUCUGGGCCAACCAUGUCUUCCUGGGCUGCCGAUACUCACAGUCGGUAAUGGACAAAGUGUUGGAGAUGGGAGAAGGCAUCAAAGUUACAGAUGCUCCAGUUCACACAAGAAGGGACGAUUUGGUUGCCAAUAAGCUGAAGAAAAGAGACCUUUCAAACAGCAAUGAAACAAUAAAAGAACAACUUUUAACGACGAAAAAGGCAGAUAAAGAAGAUACUUCUAUGGAAUUUGCUACAAUGCCUGAAUGUACAGGAAACGGCAGCCAGGGUGUUGAUCACACCAGAAUCCCAGGCCUGGAUGGCUUUCCUGUUAGUGAACCAUCAACUCCUUUGCCUGAACCCCAGGUUCAAGCUCCAGCCUGUCCAGCACCAUCCACCAGCUCGAAUCAAAAGGAGGUCCGUCAAGUCUCGAGACCGAGUGAAAUGAAGAAAGUCAGUACUCCUACACAGGUUCCAGUCACCCAACCGCAGACACUGCUGCAUCGCCCUGAAGCUCCAGCGCAGACCAAGCAUUUCUCAUCUAACUCUGCAGAGGUUAAGCCCAAUAUUCAGCCAGACGUUGUGGAUCGCCCUGUUUCUGUCGGGAGUUCCCAAAAAGCUGUGCAGCCCCAGCCCCCUGUCCCGCAAAGCUGCAAGACCCCCAUAACAGUGGUCAGUUUAACUCCCGAAGCGGUAAAAGAGAAACAGACCUUUUACAACAAACUCUACAAGGCGAUAGCAUGGAAGUUGGUGUCAGCUGGUGGUUUCAGCAAUGAGCUUAACCAUUUGAGCAUCUUGAGUAACUGCAUACAGUCAGUAAAGGGAACCCUUGAAAGUGUGUGCGUUCCCCUAAAAGAUAUUUCUGAACUGCAUUUACCGCAAAACUCUGCCCGUGAAGGGAUUGUUUGUGAACUAAGAUCCAAGUCUGUAUAUUUGGCAACAGGAUAUGGUAAAUGCAAAGUGAGUGCCAAAGAAAUGGCCGCUAAGGAGGCUAUGAAAUUGUUCUUGAAACAAAAGGUUACAGUGAAGAUAUGUAAAAGAAAAUUCAAAGGAAGUGAAAUUGAGGAUUUAGUACUUUUGAGUGAGGAUUCGCACCGGUUAAACCUUGCUCCUGCAUUAGUAAAUCCCUUAGAACCUAGUACAAGUUUUGGUCAACAUUUGAUUAUCUUACCCACAAAUUUAACCAAGGUAAGCAUUUGGCUCCAUUAGAACUUAAAAUCAAAUCUAUUCAAAACCUAAAAAAUGAAAGUUCCCAGAUAUUGGACUGGUGCAAUUAUUGCACUAUAUUGCAAUUGCAUUCUUAGUAACAGAAUCAGCAGCAGCUGAUUAUCCAGAAGAAACUAUGGGCUUUACAGACAAUCUUAAUUAGUGAAGGAUAUUGCAUUGCAAGGAAUACCUGCUAUAUCUUAUAGUGACAGCUGAGUUUAAAAUGAUGUGAUCAGAAAGAUAGAAGUGUCCAAGUGAUGGGAUUCUUGUAGGAUUGAAAUUUUGUUCAGAAUAGAUAGUCUAUUAAUUCCUUGAAAUAAGCACCUGGAUGGCAAGUAAUGAUCUUUUCAAUGCCUGACUAAAACUUGUGUAAUGUGUAGUUUUAAUUGUAACAUUCUCAGUAGGAGCUUCAAUCGAAAUACUUUAUUUUUAAUUCAGGCCUUUUCAGCUUUAAGUGAUACUGUGCAUGUAGACUGUAUCAGCAGGCUACAGACAGACUGGGCAGUGGAGGGAAGAGAUUAAAGAUUUCUAUUGUUGCAACUCAGUUGCACAUUAAAGGUUUUUACAUUUUCUGUUUUUGUCAUCUUUAACCGCAGUCAGGGAUGGAAUCUAUGUGCAUCAGAGGAUUUUGGUAAAUUGUUAUGGUAUGUUGUCUCCUUGAAUUGUAGAAAACAGUAGUGCAAUGAUAGAUUUUUGUCCUUCAUGACUCAAAUUGCUUAGGAAGAACAUUUUGAAUGACAUACCAUCAGGGUGACCCACUGGUGGUUAGUGGAAGUAACUGAAGCUCCUCAUCCUUCAUACUAUACUAAUAAACCUCUGCACACUCUACAAGGCCUUGACACCAAGUGCAAUGCCCAGAAUUGAACACACUACUCCUGCUGAGACCUAACUAGUGACUUAUAUAAAAGUUUAACAUACUACAAAUAGGUAAUAUUCUGGUUCUACACCUUUUGAAUCCAGUGCAGGGCUAGUUUGGAAAGAUAAUAUAAAGAUCAGGAUUCAAUAAUCUACAAAUAUUGAAUUAACCGAUUCAUUUAUUGAAAGUUAAUUUAGAAUCAAAGAUUAACUCAUAAUUUACUAUCUUUGGGAGAAAUUAGACUCAGAACUGGGGUAAUUAAAGUAUGCUUGGGGGAAUGUUUUUAGAUUCCAAUCAUAUAUGGAAGGUAUGAAUGUAAUAAAAAAUAGGUUUAUAUCAUAGAUGUUAAGACAUUCCUCCAGCUACCUGUCUUUUACAUAGUAUUCAAAGCAUAGAAACGGACCAUUCAACCCAAUAGGUCCACAUCAGUAUUUACGCUUCAUGCAAGUCUCCUUCUAGCCUCUUGCUUUUAUAAUACGGAGAUCAGAUCUGUUCACAAUAUUCCAAGUGGAGAGUAACCAUGGUUUUAAGCAGGUUUAGCAUAACUUGCCUACUUUUCAAACCUGUUCCUCUAGAAAUGAACCCCUGUGCUUUGUAUGUGCUUUAUAUGGCUGUAUUGACCUGUGUCACAACUUUUAGUGAUUUGUGUACAUGUGCCCCCACCCUGAUUUCUCUGCUCCCCUACCCUAUUUUGACAGUUAUUUUCCAAGAAAUAUGAGGCCUCCUUAUUAUUCGUACCAAAAUGCACCACCUCACACUUAAUUAUGUUAACGUUCAUUUGCCAAUUAGCCAUCCAUUCAGCAAGUUUAUUAAUGUCUUCCUGUAUAUUGCCCCAGUCUUCCUCUGUGUUAACUACACCUCCCCAAUUUGGUAUCAUCUGCAAAUUUUGUAAUUCCACUUCUGAUUCCCAAGUCCCAAUUGUCUAUGUAAAUGGUGAACAGAAAGUGGUCCCAUCUCUGAAGAACACCCCUUUUCACCUUUUGCCACUGCAGACGAGUCCUAUGCAGAAUAGUAGUGCUCCAUUUAAAAUUAAUUGAAAAUUUUUAUCUGCCAGCUAUCCAGCCCAAGCUUUCUUUCAUCUAUCCUACAUUUAAAGUCACUGUCUCCCAAACCAGAAUAAUAUCUUGCAAACCAAAAGUUAAACCCUAAAUCAUAUUCAUCUUAAAAUUAUGCGCAAGUAAGAAUAGGUUUAGGCCCAUGAAAGGAUUAAAUGCCAGCACGGACAAAGAGCAUGCAUGGUGCUCGGUGAUAUUCAACUGGCAUGUAUGAAAGAGAAUUAACAGUGUACUGUUUGUUUAUAAAAUUAGUUUGUAAACAAUGAAAUAGAUGUAUGAAAGCAAAAUCAUUUGAGGAAAACAAAUAAUUAAUGAUUUCUAUGGUAAAAUUUCUUAGAGAAUUCCAAAAUUAAGUAAUUACUGAACAGCAAGUUUUAUAUCCAAGCAAUGGGCCUUUGACUGAAAUGUUUAUGCUCUAGGAUUCAGAUUCUUCAAUUUAGGCAUUAAAUUUUAUGACAGUUGUUUCAUAGAAAUACAGGAACAGGAGUAGGCCAUUGGCUCCACGAACCUGCUCCGUCAUUUAACGAGAUCAUGGCUGAUCCUCUAUCUCAACAUCAUCUUCCUGUACUAUCACCAUAUCCUUUGAUGUCACUGGUAUCUACAAAUCUAUCAACAUCUGCUUUGAACAUACUCAAUGACUGAGCCUCCAUAACCUUCUGGGGUAAGGAAUUCCAAAGCUUCACCACCCUCUGAAUGAAGAAAUUCCUCCUCAUCUCAGUCCUAAAUGGCCUACUUCUUAUCCUAAGACACUGUCCCCUGGUUCUAACCUUAGUUCUAGGCACCCCCCCCACCCCCCUAACUAGGAGAAGCAUCUAUGCUGCAUCUACCCUGUCGAGCCCAGUAAGAAUUUUGCACAUUUCAAUAAGAACACUUCUAAUUUUUCUAAAUUCUGGAGAAUACAGGCCCAGUCUCCACAAUAUUUCCUCAUAGAACAAUCUUGCCAUCCCAGGGAUUAGUCUGGUGAAUCUUUGUUGCACGCCCUCUAUGGCCAGUAUAUCC